AUGACGCGCUCCCCCAUUGUCGAGGACUACGCCAGCUCGCUCGCCGAGUUGACGUUCAACUCGCGGCCCAUCAUCGACAACUUGACCAUCAUCGCCAAAGAAAACACCGACAGCGCCGCCGGGAUCUUGGAUGCCAUCGCCGACCGCAUCCACAAGUGCAUCCCCGAGCAGAAGCUCUUCGCCUUGUACCUCCUCGACUCCAUCGUCAAGACCGUCGGGCCUCCCUACAACGUGCUUGCCGGCGAGCAGAUCUUCAAGCUUUUCUCCCACGUGUACUUGUUGGUGGGCGAGCCCACGCGGGCGCGGCUCGUCAAGAUCUACGAGUUGUGGCGCGUGACCAAGACCAAGGGCCUGGGCGCGCCGCUUUUCCCGCCGGCGCAGCUCGCCCGCAUCGGCGACUUCUUGCGCCAGGCAGGGUAUAAAAAGCUUGACGCGGUGCUGCCGCCAGAGCCGCCUGCCGGGCCCACCGCAGCCUCGCUUGUGGCUGACAUCGACGCCAUCUUGCCCCUGCUCGCGCACAAGCUCGCUGCCAACCCCGCGGAUGCCGCGCUCGCCGGCAAAAAGGCCGCGCUCGCCGAGCUCCGCGUGCUCUUGCUCAGCCAGGCGCUCCUGCCCGGCGAGUUGGCGGGGAUCCAGGCGAGACUCGCGCCCAUGAAGGUGCCGGGGGCUGCUCCCGGGCCAGCGGCGCCGCCGGUCGCUGCACCUGUGCCGCGAGCCGCGGCGCUCUUCUCGGAGCUCGUGGCCUCCGGACUCGUGGCCGUGGACCAGGCGCUCGUGCGCGGCGCGGUGCCGGAGUACACGCUCGUGCUCCCGAAACACAAGCACACGCCCGGCAAGCACGGGCGGCGCGCGGCGUCCGCGCUCGAGCGGCUUUUGGCGGACGCCAACCUCACGCACAAGUCGCAGUACGAACAGAUCAAGUACAAGGAGCUUGUCAAGGUGCUGCAGUGGAUAGCGGGCGCCGGGGCGGCGCGGGACUUGCAGCGCUUUGUGACGCAGGCCGAGCUCGAGGCCGCCACGGUGCAGGUAUUGUACGAGACCAAGGCGCUGAAGUGUGCCCAGUGUGGCCGGCGGUUCACGGCGGACGCGGCGGGCGCGGCCCGCAAGCGCACGCACCUCGACUGGCACUUCCGCAUCAACCAGAAACAGGCCAACUUCAAGAGCAACGUGCAGCUGCGCAGCUGGUACCUCGACGACUACGCGUGGGUGCAGUUCCGCGACGACGACUUGCUCGAGUACGAGGCGGCGCCGCGGCCGGAGAGGCGCGAGCCCGUGCCCGAGGCGCCAGCGGCUGAGGCCUACGUGGUCAUUCCCUCGACGGAGAGCAACACCAGCAACAUGUGCACGGUGUGCCGCGAGCAGGUCAAGCCCACCUACAAAGACGCGCUAGGCGAGUGGGUGUGGGACGCGUGCAUGGCUGUGCCGGGCGCUGCGGGCAAGAUCGUGCACGUGAGCUGCUUCGAGGAGGCGAGCCGCAAGCGGGGGGCGCCUGACGAUGGCGACAGGCUCCUCAAAAGGGAGAGGCUCUACUAG